AAAAAUGCGGCAUGAGCACGCAUCGACUCCUGUGACUGCUCUUUCCUUUGUCCCAGAGUUUCAUGGUCGCCUCCUCUUGGCCGGAGAAGGUCCGCGGCUUAGGGUCAUUGAUACCCGGAAUGAGAGCAUCUUGAUAGAAAAGCAAGUGUUUCGCGCACAGGCAAUCCAUGGCGUUGAGGCUCGCUGGCAAUUUGAUCCGCAAAAUAACAGAAAUGCACAAAUCCUGGUACUCAUCUGGGGUGGACACUCCGUUAGAUUUGUACAACUCGACUAUGUUGAAAAUGCAUGCGCUGUCACAUUAAAUUGGUCCAGCAGUACAGUGGAAGCGUUGGCCUCGGAUUGGAUUUUGGCUGCAACUUUUAGGUCCGAAGGGACCGAGAGGGCGGAGAAUGCAUGUAGUGCAAUCUUGGUUACUGCGCACAACGCCCUGCUCCAUGCAUAUGUGGAAGGUGGCUUGUAUUUGCAAGACGAAAAAUUGCCUGUCAUUUCUCACAUUGCUUCUGGUUCACGUUCUAUCCUCUAUUCAGCGCAUGUUUUGUUCUUUUCCGCUUCUCACAUUGUUAUUGCCUCUGGAACUGUGUUUGGAGAUAUUCUUGUGUGGUCUUGUUUCGUGGAUGGAAAAGUUCGCCCAGUUGCUCUACCGCAAUUGGACUAUGUCUUCAGAGGUCAUGAGGGAUCUAUUUUCGGAGUGCAUAUAUCGCAUGAGCUGUCUCAUUUGGGAGGAGAUGCUCCUCGGCGCCUGCUUGCCAGCUGCAGCGAUGAUCGUACUAUAAGAGUAUGGAACAUCUCAGAAUGCUGCGCACUGACGCCGAAUCGAGAGCGGCAAAUCAACGAUGCCUCACAUGAUGAGUGUGAAACAGGCUUUGGACGAGAUAUUCCAGAUGACAUUUCCGGCGCAGAGCAUUGCGGUGCAGUUGCGUGGGGUCAUGCAUCGCGAAUAUGGGGCGCGCUCUUCGUUGAUAUCGACGAUCCCUCUCAGACAGCUUUUGGCAUAGCAAGGAUCAUCUCUUUUGGAGAAGAUGCUACAUGUCAACAAUGGACAUUGACCUCCAGGCCAGAUGAGGCGGCAACCAACAAAAAGAACCAAAAGCCCAAGCCAGAGUUUCCCUAUGCGUUGACAAACGUCGAGUCAUCAAACUUGCAUUCAGGAAAGAAUAUCUGGUCGAUGAGCUUGAGUCGUGACCAGCACGGAGAUCUUGCCUUAGCCACUGGCGGUGCUGAUGGCAGGGUGGUUUUCAGAACGCUGCAGCCGUGUUUAGGUAGCCAGGGCCUGAAGAAACCCCACUCAGAAUCUUGGGGCGCGGAUGAUUUCCUAAAGAGUGCUACUGCUCCAAAUAAUAGCGAAGAUAAAGAGUUCGUUGAGAGAGCUACUGAAGAAAACAAGGUCCGAAAGCAGGGUGCUGUUGCCAGGGACGUUUUCAAAUGCUACGCCUUCUUAGACUCGAACAAAUUUAUCGCUUCCACCAGUCAAGGAACAGUUUUCCUUGCAACAGCUCGAAUUCUCUCAGAAGGUCAAACUAUUAAGCGAGCUUUACUGAGGGAGAAGCUUGCCCAAUUCGAUGAUUUGAGAUCGUAUUCUGUUAUGGGCGCUCCUCCCAAUUCUGGUCUUGCUUUCAUCGGCGGUGCUACAGGGCUUGUGCGGUAUUACGAUAAUCGAUCUAAAACUCUCGGGGACUUGACAGAUGUUGGCGGUAAAAUUGCUGGUCUCUUUACCCACGAAAUAUCCGCCAACGAGUUCUGGCUCGUCAUCACAUGUUUGGGCUCGUUCAUGGCUUAUAGUGUUCGAGUGAGGCGUCAAGAAGCCGGAGAAUCUAUACCUGCUGUUGCUGCCACAGAAACGAAGAGGCUUGAAUUGCCGAAAGGGUUCGUGGUAACCAGCGUCCGCUCCCUCGUCAACAGAGGGCUGUUGGUUGUAGGUUCCAGAAAUGGGGAAUUGCUGGUCUAUCCCCUCUCUGAGGUCAAUAGCGUGUCCGACCAGCAGGCCACCUUGACUCCUUUCUCUAGCUCCCGCGUAAAGAUAGCGACCGAUGCAAUUACGGUCAUUACGGGCCUCCCUCAAAGUUCGAAUACACAAAACACCGAGUACAUACUCACGGCAGGACGAGACGGUAAAUAUUCCAUUCAUGAGUUGAACAUUAUUAAAUCGGAUGACGGAGGCAUCGACGCCCAAUGGAGCACAGUUCAUGUGGCGACUCCACCGUUUGGGCCGAAUAUCGAGGGUGCUUACUUUAAUUCAAAGGACGAGCUUGUAUUAUACGGCUUUCGCAGCAUUUACUUUGUUGUCUGGAACGAGACAACACAGAGUGAGCUUAUGAUUGUAGAAUGUGGUGGCGCACAUAGGAGCUGGGCAUUCUCUAAGCUCGAUGCAGAUCCGAAUUCAGAAUGCGCAUUGGUCUGGACAAAGGCAUCGGAGUUGCAAAUGCGGUUACAAUGCGGCCCGUCUCACCAAGUUCUUCAAAAUGGUGCACAUGGCCGUGAGAUUAAAUCGCUCGCAAUCUCGCCAGCUAAAAACCAGUCAGGAAAAUGCGGAGGAAUUGUGGCAACCGGAGCGGAAGACACUACCAUUCGGCUCUUCCUGCGAAAACCUGUAUCAGACCCUAACACUGGGGCCGGAGGAUACAGGUGUGGCGCCCUCCUCAAGAAGCAUAAGACAGGAAUACAGCACCUCAAGUGGUCCGAGGACGGUUCCUAUCUCUUCAGCAGUGGCGGCUUCGAAGAGUUCUUUAUCUGGAGAGUCCGCGAAAUCCCAUCGAUCGGAAUCGGUGUCGUGUGCGAAGCAAUCUGUCAGUCGCCAAGUGCCUCUCAUGAACUUCGAAUCACUGGAUUUGAUAUUUCUGAAGUCAGAAAAGCAACGAGUAGAGAUGAUGCUCAAGAGUCAGGGUUUCUUAUUACGCUUGUUUACUCUGAUUCAACGAUAAGGACUUAUCGCUACUGGACGGGUGACCCUGAGAAAAAGGUAGAAUUGCUCCUGACGGGCACAUACAAGACAUCUUGCUUGACACAAGCAUAUCAUCUCAUUGGCAAGGAUAGCUUCCAUCUCAUAACAGCAGGAACUGAUGGCUACCUUGGGUUUUGGGAUCUUGGGACGCCUUUGCGCGAUCUUGGCAUUGUAGUCUCUGAGGGGAAAUUAACAUCUUCUCAAUCAAGCCUAGAAGACCGCACAGCCUCAUGCACAGCAAGCGCCAAGGUCCACCAAAGCACAAUCAAAUGCUUCACUGCGCACGAGAUCAAUGAUGAAACGCUGCUGGUGGGGACCGGAGGUGACGACAAUUCUGUUGCGUUUACUUUGGUGCGGCAUCAACAAGGAAAGUCUUCUUGUUCACCAUUACUCGUACCGAAUGCCCAUACCGCUGCCGUUACUGCCUUGGCUUCAAUUGUCGAUGUUAAUUUCAAAGACCCGGCUGGCCGUAGGCGAUUCAUCUUCUUUUCCUCGAGCAACGAUCAGAGAUUGAAAGCUUGGUCUUUGGUUGUUGGUGAAGAAUCAAACGGAGUUGAGGGCAUGGAGGUCAAGCUCCUGGCCAACGAGUUCACGCCUAUCGCAGAUGUGUCUUCAAUCGACGUCGUCCAGGAAGACGGAGAACCAAUUCGUGUCAUGGUCUGCGGUGUCGGCAUGGACGUAUGGACUAUUCCCGAAAACACUUGAAGCAAGGCUAAAUCAGGGGUCUUCCCACGUGGAGCUGUCUAGAUUGAGGCUGUGCUACUUUUAUUUUCAACUGCGGGAAUAGGCUGGCGACCGAAGCUUAAUCCGUUCAAGAGUCGACCACUGCAACGCCAAGCUAUUUUUCUCCGAGACAUGGUGACGACGCAAUUUUCAUAGCCUCUCAGCCACUGAGAUACCCGGCAGUUGUGUACGGGAAAAUCUAUAUCUUGCGAGAUCAGAUAACUAGCCAACUCGGCCUUGCGUCUGAAGGCAGGCAUAUCAUAAUUCGGCCUAAAAGAGCAGGAAUGCCGUGUAUAUAGCAUUUAGAUUUGUAUUUACGAGGACACGACAC